AUGUACACCGUAAGGCAGGCUGCAACGCAUCCCCCACCGUGCUAUAAAGAUAGAGAUUUCAGGAGCUUCGACAUCAUUGUGUUUGAUCCACUUACACCGACGAAGGAAUCUUAUCUAGCGACGACUUCCGGCGAAAAUCUUAAUAAGAUGGGCGCCAUGAUCUCUUGCUUGCUGGCUGAAAACGGAUACUUAAUAUUCGUCCUUCAACAUCCCAAGUCGUACACGCAAGAAGAGCAGGACAAACGGAUUUCCACUCUUAUGAGUAAAAUAACCAACACUAAUAAGAAACCAGAACAUUACGCUACUAUUGACAUCCCUACAGGCCUAUUUAAUGAAAGAAGAGUACAAAUAAUCAUAUUCAUAGGCCGACCUAACGCUGAUGGGGGCGAAAAGCUCUCCCAAGCAUUUCAUGAUAUGCACAAGAUAGACGCACUCUCGGACCUCGAGAGUAGAUGCCUGAUCAAGGAGGCGCUACGAAAUAUUGUUGGUACAAUAAAUUAA